UUUUUGAGCGAAGUUUCGCAGGAUGAGUCUUGUUCAACCCCUCGAUUCCGUGACAGAAGAAGCGAAGCCCGAAAUUUUAGUGAAAGGUGCAGUUUUGGAGGGAAAGGAGAGGGAGUUGGCGACCAUGGGAGCGGGUCCUCUUGCAUGUGCCGAUAACUGUGAUUAUGGCUUCGACGGUGGUUCAUUUAGGGCAGAAAAAGAGAAGGAUCAGGAGGUGGAUGUUAUUGGAUGUGAGGAAGAGAUUUAUACGGCUGCCGUGAAAGCUGAAAACCCAGACGCGGACGCUACCGAGCACUCGAGCUCAUUUGGGGACACGUUCUCUGGAUCAGAUGAGGGCUUGAAGAUUAACUCCAGUGAUGUGGAGGUGGAGUCACCGUUAUUUAUCGAGAAUGGGCAUCAGCGGGCCGUCGGCGGUCCUGUCCGGCUUUUUAAGAAGAGCAAAGUGACUGCUGAUUGGAAAAAGUUUAUCAGUCCUCUUAUGUGGAGGUGCCAAUGGUUAGAACUGCGGAUGAAAGAAUUGCAAUCACAAGCUUUAAGAUAUGAUAAAGAACUAGUGGCUUACAAGCAUGAAAAACAACUGCAGUUAAAAAUGAUUGAUCUAGAUGAUUCUGUUUCAAGAUCAGUUCCUUUAGCUUGUAAAAGGCACAAAAAACCUGCCAUGAAGAGAAGAAAAAGGAUAAGAAAUGAGGAUAGUGUUAAUAUAUCAUCAUAUAUGUCAAACCACAAUAUAUUCUCAUACUAUGAAAAAAGGAGAGGGGACACAGAGGGCCACUCUGUUGAUGAUGACUUCUCUGAUCAAGUGAAUGACAUAACAAGAGGCAGCCAUGAUCAGUUAUGGGCACUAGACUUUAGGGAUGGGGAUCGCUCCCUUGAGCAAGUCCUCCUGAAUAUUGAAGCUCUCCAGUCUCGAGUUCUGAAGGCAAAAGCUCAUCUCAACCAGAUAAUAAUCAUGAAUGUCAGGGAUGUGACGCUUUGCUGUAGUUUUAUGGGAGAUCAACCCGUUAGUUCUGCACAAAGUCCAAGUUGCUCUCUUGGCAAUAUUGGACAUCAAAUGCCGGCAGGAGUUCCGAACACCCCACCUCACCAUGGUUCUGAGUACGAUGAGAUGGACGAUAUGGUUUUGCCUGGUAGUGCAGUCUCAAGCUUUGGUGAUGCUCCAGAUCUUGACAUUAUGGAAAGUACAAUGGGCUUCUUGUCUGGUGCUGAUGGCCCUUUAAAUCCAAAUCAGUUGGAAGAGUUCUGCAAAGAUAAUGCAGAUGAUGUAUUAAUUAACAAUCAGGCAGCGGAUGAAGAGCUUCAGAAUUUCGAAGUCAGCCAUGUGAGAGAGAAGCUGCUUAGGGAGAUAGCCACCAGCAAAGAACCAGAUUCUGAUGAUGGGAGCACUGCUCCUUCCCCUGCCUCCAUUGCUGUAGAAUCGGCAGAUCAAAGCCUCGACGGAGAGGCAGUUGAUGCUUCUCAGCCACUCAACUACACAGGCAAGAGGAGAGGUCGCAAACCCAAAAGACGGCGGCGAGGCGGUUCCGCAGCUGGGUGGAAGAGUGAGAGGCUUCAGAAGAGAAGAAAAUUAUCUGGUUAGAGCUCUCUUAAACUUCCAUGUCCUUAAAGAUUGGGAAUUUGCUGCCUUUGGAGACAUGGCUGAUGUACAUAAUAUAGCUGUUCCAUGGAUGAGAUCUAAUUGAGAUAGAUCUCAAAGCAAAUCCAUGUGAAGCUAACCAAAAUUUGUACUGAACGCAUCUUAAUGUAAAUCCAAUGAUUUAUUUUGUGUUGUAUUUUACUUUUGCUCCAA